UCAGGUGGAUUCAUCAGUCUCUGACUGGGAAGGAUUACUUUGGGGUUUUGAAGGGCGUGUGAAAUAGCCUCGAAGUCAAGGGAACAGAAGCACACUUCUGCCUCUGCUGUGCUGGACUCCAUCAGGACAUCCCCAGGGCCGGCGAUGAGGACCACGGCAGCAGAGGGAAGGCAGCCAACACUUCAAGCAAUAAAAGUGCUGACAAGGCUGGGGAGACGCUGCAGUUCCCGCUGAGCCGGAGCCUUCCCGGCUGGGGCCGAAGGCCUUUGCAGAGGAUGAGGAUCCUUCCCAGCCCUGGGAUGUCUUCGCUGGUCUCCCUCGUGAACCUCCUCUCCGUGCUGCUGAUGGACUGCGUUGCUGAAAGUCCCCCUGUGUUCAUCAAGAAGCCUGUGGACCAAAUCGGUGUGUCGGGAGGGGUGGCCUCCUUCGUGUGCCAAGCCACUGGAGACCCAAAGCCAAGGGUCACCUGGAACAAGAAAGGGAAGAAAGUGAACUCUCAGAGGUUUGAGACCAUUGAAUUUGAUGAAAGUGCAGGUGCUGUUUUGAGGAUCCAGCCCCUCCGGACUCCCCGGGACGAGAACAUUUACGAAUGUGUUGCUCAGAACCCUCAUGGGGAGGUCACUGUCCACGCCAAGCUCACUGUCCUCCGAGAGGACCAGUUACCUCCCGGCUUCCCGAACAUUGACAUGGGGCCCCAGCUGAAGGUGGUGGAGCGGACGCGAACGGCCACGAUGCUCUGUGCGGCCAGCGGGAACCCCGACCCCGAGAUCACCUGGUUUAAGGAUUUCCUGCCCGUCGACCCCAGUGCCAGCAACGGGAGAAUAAAACAGCUGCGAUCAGAGACCUUUGAAGGUACACCGAUCCGAGGUGGGCUGCAGAUCGAGAGCAGCGAGGAGACGGACCAGGGCAAGUACGAGUGCGUGGCCAGCAACAGCGCCGGGGUGCGCUACUCGUCCCCCGCUAACCUUUACGUGAGAGAGCUACGAGAAGUUCGCCGUGUGGCCCCUCGCUUCUCCAUCCUCCCUGUCAGCCAUGAAAUCAUGCCCGGGGGCAACGUCAACAUCACCUGCGUGGCCGUGGGGUCUCCCAUGCCCUACGUGAAGUGGAUGCAGGGAGCGGAGGACCUGACGCCCGAGGAUGACAUGCCCGUGGGCAGGAACGUCCUGGAGCUCACGGAUGUCAAGGACUCCGCCAACUACACCUGCGUGGCCAUGUCCAGUCUGGGAGUCAUAGAAGCCGUUGCCCAGAUCACGGUGAAAUCACUUCCCAAGGCUCCUGGGACGCCAGUGGUGACAGAGACAACAGCAACGAGUAUCACCAUCACCUGGGACUCUGGAAAUCCAGACCCCGUGUCCUACUAUGUCAUUGAGUACAAGUCUAAGAGCCAGGAUGGACCAUACCAGAUCAAGGAGGACAUCACCACCACACGCUACAGCAUCGGGGGGCUCAGCCCCAACUCCGAGUACGAGAUCUGGGUCUCCGCAGUCAACAGCAUCGGGCAGGGGCCUCCCAGUGAGUCAGUGGUCACUCAUACUGGGGAACAAGCUCCUGCCAGUGCUCCCCGCAACGUGCAGGGCCGGAUGCUGAGCAGCACCACCAUGAUCAUCCAGUGGGAGGAACCGGUGGAGCCCAACGGGCAGAUCCGAGGGUACCGUGUCUAUUACACCAUGGAGCCUGACCAGCCCGUCAGCAACUGGCAGAAGCACAACGUGGAUGACAGCCUGCUGACCACCGUGGGCAGCCUCCUCGAGGACGAGACCUACACCGUGCGAGUGCUGGCCUUCACCUCCGUGGGGGACGGGCCCCUGUCUGACCCCAUCCAGGUUAAGACACAGCAAGGAGUUCCUGGGCAGCCGAUGAACUUCCGAGCAGAAGCCAAGACCGAGACCAGCAUUGUGCUGUCAUGGAGCCCCCCACGCCAGGAGAUCAUAGUGAAGUAUGAGCUCCUCUACAAGGAAGGAGACCGCAGCAAGGAGGUGCUGAAGAACUUCGAGCCAACGACCUCGUUCACGGUGGAAGGCCUGAAGCCCAACACUGAGUAUGUCUUCCGGCUGGCCGCCCGCUCGGCUCUGGGGCUGGGGGCCUUCACCCCGGAGGUCCGAGAGCGCACCUUGCAGUCUAAACCGUCUGCCCCCCCUCAAGAUGUAAAAUGUGUCAGCACCCGCUCCACCGCCAUUCUGGUAAGUUGGCGGCCGCCUCCGGCCGAGAGCCAGAACGGCGUCCUGGCCGGCUACAGCGUCCACUAUCGAGCGCUGGACUCGGAGGACACGGAGCUAAAGGAGGUGAAUGAUAUCCCCCCAACCACCAGUCAGAUCCUGCUGGAGUCCCUGGAGAAGUGGACCGAGUACCGCGUCACCGUGGUGGCUCACACGGAGGUGGGGCCGGGCCCGGAGAGCUCGCCGGUCAUCGUCCGCACGGAUGAGGAUGUGCCCAGUGCUCCGCCACGGAAGGUGGAGGUGGAGGUGCUGAACUCGACGGCGAUCCAGGUGUUCUGGCGCUCGCCGGUGCAGAGCCGCCAGCACGGCCAGAUCCGCGGCUACCAGGUGCACUACGUCCGCAUGGAGAACGGCGAGGCCAGGGGGCUGCCCCACAUCAAGGACAUCAUGCUGGCGGACGCCCAGUGGGAAACAGAUGACACUGCUGAAUACGAAAUGAUCAUUGCUGGGCUCCAGCCCGAGACUGCCUAUUCCAUCACCGUGGCCGCCUACACCAUGAAGGGAGAUGGUGCUCGCAGCAAACCCAAAGUGGUCACCACGAAGGGUGCAGUCCCAGGAAAGCCCAUCCUCUCUGUGCACCAGACAGAGGAGAGCACUCUCCUGGUGAAAUGGGAGCCCCCGCUGGACGCGGAGGGCCAGGUGUUGGGCUACCGGCUCCAGUUCGGCCGCAAGGAUGUCGACCCUCUGGCUACCUUGGAAUUCUCGGCCCUGGAGGAUAAGUACAUCGCUCCCAGCAUCCACAAGGGCGCCACGUAUGUGUUCAAGCUGGCCGUGAAAAGCCGGGCUGGCUUUGGGGAGGAAGCUGUGCAGGAACUCACCACCCCCGAAGACAUCCCCAAGGGUUACCCCCAAAUCCUCGAGGCGAGCAACGUCACAUCCAUGUCGGUGCAGUUUGGCUGGCUGCCCCCCGUGCUGGCCGAGAGGAACGGAGCCAUCGUCAAAUACACCGUGGCCUACCGGGAGGCCGGUUCUCCCGGCAACCUGCUGGAAAAAGACCUGCCCCCCUCCCCAGAGAACUCGUACACCCUCAACGGCCUCAAACCCAACACCGCCUAUGAUGUUAAAAUCCGUGCUCACACCAGUAAAGGCCCCGGGCCCUACAGCCCGACCGUCCAGUAUCGGACGUUCCAGCUGGACCAAGUUUUACCCAAAAACUUCAAGGUGAAGAUGGUGACAAAGACAUCUGUCCUUUUGAGCUGGGAGUUCCCUGAGAAUUACAACUCUCCUACCCCAUACAAGAUCCAGUACAACGGGCUGCAUGUCGACGUGGACGGACGAACGACCAAGAAACUCAUCACCCACCUGAGGCCCCGCACCUUCUACAACUUCGUGCUGAUGAACCAGGGCAACAGCAUGGGGGGGCUGCAGCAGAACGUCGCUGCCUGGACUGCUGCUGACAUGUUGUCCAAGAAGCCAGAGGUGACCCACAAGCCUGAUGCUGAUGGCAAUGUGGUGGUGAUUCUCCCCGACGUGAAGAGCUCUGUGCCUGUCCAAGCUUUCUACAUUGUGGUGGUGCCUCUGAGGAAGUCCCGGGGAGGACAGUUCCUCAACCCCUUGGGCAGCCCUGAGGAGAUGGACCUGGAGGAGCUCGUCCAGGACAUCGCCAGGCUCCGGCGCCGGAGCCUGCGGCAUUCCCGGCAGCUGGACUUCCCCAAGCCCUACAUCGCUGCCCGCUUCCGCUCCCUGCCCUCCCACUUCAUCCUGGGGGACAUGAAACACUACGACAACUUCGAGAACAGAGCCCUGGAGCCGGGGCAGAAAUAUGUGAUCUUCAUCCUGGCAGUGCUGCAGGAACCUGAGGCUACCUAUGCUGCCAGUCCCUUCUCCGACCCCAUCCAGCUGGACAACCCUGACCCGCAGCCCAUCAUCGAUGGCGAGGAGGGGCUGAUCUGGGUCAUCGGGCCCGUCCUGGCCGUGGUCUUCAUCAUCUGCAUCGUCAUUGCCAUCCUGCUCUACAAAAACAAACCAGACAGCAAACGGAAGGAUUCAGAGCCACGGACCAAGUGCCUCCUGAACAACGCUGAAAUCGCCCCCCACCACCCCAAGGACCCCGUGGAAAUGAGGCGAAUCAACUUCCAGACUCCAGAUUCUGGUCUGAGCAGCCCUCUCAGUGACCCUGAGUUUGACUUGGAAAGUAUGCUCAGCCACCCGCCCAUCCCCGUUUCCGAGCUGGCUGAACACACAGAGCAUCUCAAAGCUAAUGAUAACCUGAAAUUAUCCCAAGAGUAUGAGUCCAUCGACCCCGGGCAGCAGUUCACCUGGGAGCACUCCAACCUGGAAGUGAACAAGCCCAAGAACCGCUACGCGAACGUGAUCGCCUACGACCACUCCCGGGUCAUCCUGCUGCCCAUCGAAGGAAUUGUGGGCAGUGAUUACAUCAACGCCAACUACAUCGAUGGGUACCGGAAGCAGAACGCCUACAUUGCCACCCAGGGGCCUCUGCCAGAGACCUUCGGGGACUUCUGGAGGAUGGUGUGGGAGCAGCGCUCAGCCACCAUUGUUAUGAUGACUAAGCUGGAGGAGAAAUCACGGAUAAAGUGUGACCAGUACUGGCCAGGCCGAGGCACGGACACCUACGGAAUGAUCCAAGUGACGCUGCUGGACACCAUUGAACUGGCCACGUUCUGCGUCCGAACGUUCUCCCUUCACAAGAACGGCUCCAGUGAGAAGCGCGAGGUGCGGCAGUUCCAGUUCACAGCGUGGCCUGACCACGGCGUGCCCGAGUACCCCACCCCGUUCCUGGCCUUCCUGAGACGGGUGAAAACCUGCAACCCCCCAGAUGCUGGUCCCAUCGUGGUGCACUGCAGCGCGGGCGUGGGACGCACCGGCUGCUUCAUCGUGAUCGACGCCAUGCUGGAGAGGAUCAAGCACGAGAAGACCGUGGACAUCUACGGACACGUCACCCUCAUGAGGUCCCAGCGCAACUACAUGGUGCAGACAGAGGACCAGUACAGCUUCAUCCACGAUGCCUUGCUCGAGGCCGUGGCCUGCGGCAACACCGAGGUCCCGGCUCGGAACCUCUACAGCUACAUCCAGAAACUGGCACAGAUCGAGGCCAGGGAGCACGUGACGGGCAUGGAGCUGGAGUUCAAGCGCCUCGCCAACUCCAAGGCCCACACCUCGCGCUUCAUCAGCGCCAACCUGCCCUGCAACAAGUUCAAGAACCGCCUGGUGAACAUCAUGCCCUACGAGACCACCCGGGUGUGCCUGCAGCCCAUCCGCGGCGUCGAGGGCUCCGACUACAUCAACGCCAGCUUCAUCGACGGCUACAGGCAGCAGAAGGCCUACAUUGCCACGCAGGGGCCGCUGGCAGAGACCACCGAGGAUUUCUGGAGGAUGCUCUGGGAGAACAACUCCACCAUCGUCGUGAUGCUGACGAAGCUUCGCGAGAUGGGGCGGGAAAAGUGCCAUCAGUACUGGCCCGCGGAGCGCUCGGCACGGUACCAGUACUUCGUCGUGGACCCCAUGGCUGAGUACAACAUGCCCCAGUACAUCCUGCGGGAGUUCAAGGUCACGGAUGCCAGGGACGGUCAGUCACGAACUGUUCGUCAGUUCCAGUUCACUGACUGGCCAGAACAAGGUGUGCCAAAAUCAGGAGAAGGUUUUAUCGACUUCAUUGGGCAGGUACACAAGACCAAGGAGCAGUUUGGCCAGGAUGGCCCCAUCUCUGUCCACUGCAGUGCUGGCGUGGGCAGGACUGGAGUGUUCAUCACCCUGAGCAUCGUCCUGGAGCGGAUGCGCUACGAGGGGGUUGUAGAUAUUUUCCAGACAGUGAAGAUGCUGCGAACACAACGACCUGCAAUGGUGCAAACAGAGGAUGAAUACCAGUUCUGUUACCAGGCAGCUCUGGAGUAUCUGGGAAGUUUUGAUCACUAUGCAACAUAAAAAGCCAUCGUUGUGCAGACUCUACCAACCACUUCAGUCCUGGAAGGCCUCUUCUGACCCAGGAGGAGCGCUUGAACUUACAAAACUGACUCAGAAGAAGUACCUUUUCAUCUGGACAAUGCAUCGGGAGCAGGGGGGAGGAUUGGAAGGAACACCCCUUUGGGAACUCCAUGUUGUAACCUGGCGCUCGCAGCGGCAGCUCGGGAGGGCUGCUCGGAACUGCUCUGGAACCUCAGGUGGUGUUCGCUGGGGAGGACGGAUGGACACGGGGAAACAGAUCCAACAGCUACAACACACCUUGGGAAACGUUUCUGCUGGAGAAGGGAAGGAAAAACCGACUUUGGUUACAUCAUUAGAGUUCAGUUUAUUUACUAAUAUAGUUGGCAGUCUUUAAAGGAAGUCACUUGCAGAAUUGGAGGUGUUCUGUGAAAGAAAAGGAACUAAAUCUAAAUACUUAGGCAAACUUAGGGUCAGGAGUUCUUCUAGCUGGAGUCUUAAUAACCUCAGUAUCAGCAUUGGGAUGAUUCUGGGCUUGCAGGCACCUUGCAAACAGCAUUCAUGGGAUGCCCCUGCCACGCCAGAGGUUUUAUAGCUCACAUUUUGAAUACUUGGAACAUUCCUCAUUUCUUCUAAUUCCAAAAUUUAUUUUUUAGGAUAUUUAAAAGGAUAGAGAAAGAGCGAGAGUUACAACCCCCAGAGCUGGCUGUGGGGGGUGGCCCCCUCCCCUUGCUUGGGCUGGGGUCUCUGACUGCUGGGUCUGGGCCCGUUUCCAGCCCAUCUGGCUUUCCUUGGAGCAGGGUGGGACACCCCGGGAAGAAAGGCAGCCCCUUCCCCAGGCUCUUUGCACAUUCACACCCCACUGCUGCUGUGAGCAGCUGCGUCCCCCGUUCCUGCCCAGCAGAAUGUCCCUGCCCAGCAGAAUGUCCCUGCCAGGAGCCCCAGAAGCACCUACAGAAAUUUGUUUCCAAUAUCCAGCUGGUUCCUGGUGCCAGCCCCUCGCCUCUGAACUCAGCAGCUCUCGGGAGCUCCUCUCAGGACUGUCCCAGCACCACAGCACUCCUUGCACAGCUCCCACGUCCCACUGUCCCCAACAUGCCCCAGCUGUAAAAGAACUGGGAAAGAUCCAGGAAGGUGCAUCCAAUGGCAAAUACUGUGAGUGGCUUUCUUUAAAGUAUUGAUGUAACUGUAACAAGUGACAUUACCUUUUUUUUAAAUAGUGUAUUUUUUCCUUUUUUUUUUUAAAAAAGACAAAGAAUAUCAGUCAAUGAAUUUAAAAGAAAAAUUUGCUUAUUUGUUCAUAUUAUGUUCAAAGACAGUCUAUUUUUUCACUGUAGAAAUGUUACGUGUAAUGGCUGUGAUAUAUAAAAAUGCAGUGCAAAUUGCUACUUCUACAUAUUGCUUUUCUACCAUUUAAAAGGUUUAACUUGCUCAUGUAAAAACAAAAUGUCCUUUCUGGAUUUUUUUUUUUUUUUUUUUGGGUUCUUUUGUUUUAAAUCACAGACCUAUCCCACAUCCCUGGGAGGGUGGGGGGGCAGCAGGGGAAGGGGUGGUGGCAGUGCCAAUUCCCUCCCCUUCAGCUGUGGCCAUACAGGGCCAGGGCUGAAAUGGGAGAUUCAUCAACACCAGAGGCUUUUGCUGACUGGAGACAGAGAUGUGAUUUCGGAGCCUUGACACCCAUCAGGUGUUUUAACAUCCCAGGUGUGUUGCAGGUACCAGCCUAGCCUUUCUCUGUGCUGGUUGUGGCUCCAGUGCAGCCAUGCACAGAGCACAGGAUAUCUGAGAAAAGCCACCCUGCCCCAAACUCUGCUCACCUCUGCCCUUUCCACUUUUUUUAUUUUUCUAGAAGGGGUAAUCAUGGCCAUCAAGUGCUGCCCAGAACCCCCCACACAACCCAUUUCCUGUCUUUAACUGAAAAAAAGAAAAAGAAAAAAAAAAGAACCGACUGAAAGGCUUCUUCGAGAUUUUACUUAUUUGUGUGAAAGUUGCCCAAAUUUCUAAGUAUGUUGCAGCAAAAUCUUACUGGACAAGGUGGGGGGAGGGGGGAGGUUUUUUUCUUUGUAUGAGAGCAAAGUGCUGUUGCUUUCACACUGUUAUUUCAAACUGAAACAGUAAGUGGUUUUCAUACCACGGUGUAUGUAGAUAUAUUGACUUUGUAUUAAAGGAAGAUUGUCUGAA